UUGUCUUGUCUUAUUUCCAGGAAAUGAAUGGCAUGCUAAAGAAUAUGCUUUCAGAGUGGUUUUCUACUGGUUUCCUAAACCUAGAGCGAGUCACCUGGCAGUCACCUUGUGAAGUGCUUCAGAAGAUUAGUGACUUUGAAGCAGUGCAUCCUGUCAGAAAUUGGCUUGAUAUGAAACAUCGCGUUGGGUCAUAUAGAAGGUGCUACUUUUUUGCCCACUGUGCAAUCCCCAGGGAACCACUGAUAGUCUUGCAUGUAGCACUAACCAAUGAAAUCUCCAGCAGCGUCCAGGCCAUAGUGAAAGAAGUUCCCCCUCUAGAAACAGAAGAUAUGAACAAAAUUACAACAGCAAUUUUUUAUUCAAUCAGUUUGACUCAUCAGGGACUUCAAGGUGUAGAACUGGGGACUUACCUCAUCAAACGAGUUGUUAAAGAACUGCAGGGGGAAUUUCCUCAGAUCAAAGUGUUUUCUAGUCUGUCACCUAUCCCAGGAUUUACCAAGUGGCUCAUUGGACUUCUUUCUUCACAAACAAAGGAACAAGGAAGAAAUGAAUUGUUUACAGAUGCAGAAUGCCUAGAAAUCUCUAAAAUCACAGGUGACCCUGUUUCUGAAAAGCUAAAGAGACUGUUAACUAACAAUGAAUGGGUGAGAUCGGAAAGAUUGGUCACAGCACUGCAUUUACCAUUUAUGAGGCUUUGUGCAUGGUACCUAUAUGGAGAGAAGCACCGUGGCUAUGCCCUUAAUCCAGUAGCAAACUUUCACCUUCAGAAUGGUGCAGUGAUAUGGCGGAUAAAUUGGAUGGGAGACACUAGCCCACGCGGAAUCACUGCUUCAUGUGGCAUGAUGGUAAACUAUCGCUAUUUCUUAGAGGACACAGCCAGUAACAGUGCAGAAUACCUCGGGACAAAACAUAUCAAAGCUUCAGAACAAGUUCUUUCCUUGGUGUCUCAAUUUCAGCAAAAUAGCAAACUUUAAAUAUUCAAGAAGAAUUUAAGAGUGAACAUUUCUCAUUUGAAUGAAGGGGUAUGAUAUCUUAGGAUAUCCAUAUUUAAAAGGGAAUGUUUAUAAUAAAACAGUGAGCUGUGUUCUUAGUCACAGCAGAAUGCAAAAUUUCACAGUCUGCCCAAAUUAUUAUAACUGUCUUUACUUGCCCUUCCAGAUACUCAAAGCCUGACACACUGUAGUUGAAUUAUUGCCGUGGUUUACAUUCAGAUGGGCUGGAAGUGUGUAUUAAAGGGGCAUGUAAACUCAUCUCAGUAACCUUACUGAGACAGUUGUGACUUGUGUGGUCUGUACUCUGCCCUUGUGAUACCUUAUACUGACCCUGAGAACAACACAGCACAGAAGGAGGGGUUCCGCAGCAUCAAAUAACUAGAUAAAAGUAAUAGAAAUUGUUGUUCAACUAUAUAAGCAGAAUAGCAAUCCGCAGCACUUCUUUACUAAGGUCUUUCUCUCUUUUGUACCUUGUUGUAUUUAUUUUAUUCUUUUGUAUAACCUGUAGUUUUGUCCAUUCUUCAGCUUUUUCAGCGUGCAUUACAAAGUACCAACACUGAAUCAUUGCUGUGAUUGAGCAACAAGGAUACCUUGUGUUUCUAUGACUUUUUCUUAAAACAGUAGGUGUACGUAACUGUAUUUGAAUAUCGCUGUCACUCAAAUUUAUAGUUUAAUAAGUAAAAUCAGUGGCUCUAAAUAAGAGAAGAGAAUCUGUUGCUUAGGACCCAAUUAUGAUGCUCUCGAUAUAUAUUAAAUCUCCAUAAAUAAUAUUGGGCAUUUUAGAAGUUCAUAAGCAUUUUUAAUAAUAAAAAGCCAGGUUUGGUCUGUUAAGAAAUACAUUAAAAUAAAGUAAGUCUUGCUCUAUAAACGUUACAUGAUGUAUCUCUUAAAAUGUACUAUAUUCAGAUUACAGUCACACUUGAUGUUAGUGUCUCCAGUGAAAUGAUAUCACUGCCUUCAAUGCAUCUGAUAGCUGCAGAUUUGGAAUGCAGAAUUUUUGGCUUCUUGGAUGUAUGGUGAAAUUCGGACACAAUUCCUGACAGACUUAACACAAACAUUUUUAUUCCCCCUAUGCAAGCAAAGGUGAAGGGAUGUCAGACUGUCCAGAUGUGCUAUUUUAUUCCAGGAAAAAUGACAAUCAGAAGAAUUAUUUGUGUUCACUAAACAAAGAACUUCCCACCUACUGUGUGGCCUAUUUUAAGUAUCUGCUAAAGAGAUGAAAUGUUCCUUGGCUUCCGCUGAUGGCAGAUUUCUCAGUGUGAUGAUGCAGAAAGGCUGGAUUCACUAUAUACUAUUCCCCUCAGAACAAAGUCAUUUUUAUAGAGCAGCUGGUCUUCACAUUAGUAGUGGCAACUAGCCUAUGCCAUGCUGCUUUCAUUAUGUUUCUAAGAAUGGCUCCAAAAGCCAUCACAUCUAGUCAGCAGGUAUCUCAUAUGUCAACAAAUUAAGGGAAACCCAUGAGUUUUGGUCAGAUGCUAGUUUAAAAAAAUUACUUCCAGCUUCUUGAAGAGGGAAGAAUCUUGUUUUGCCAAAAUUUUUGAAGGAAAAUUAAGUCUCUUUGCUCAACUUGAAUUGUAGUUUUGCAUAUAUGCUGGAGGGCAAUACAGUAUGUGCCAAAAGAUAGCUUUUUCACUGCCUCUGAAUAACUUGGCUCAUUACACUGUUUUUUUGGCUCAUGCACACAGUUUUUAAGACAAGAUCAGUACAUUUUUCAGUUUGCCCCUUCAUUUCCCACUCGUGGAAUUAAGUAUGCAAACUCCUGGAACCUUUUGGCAUGAGUAGUGUCCAUUGGAAACUGUCCUUUGUUUGGCCAGUAAUGGGGAAAGUGCCUCCGCUUAAUCGGUCAGUGGCCUAGAGUAAAUGAAACUGCCAAAUGGGACAAGAAAACAGUUACUUUAAUUUUAAAACUGGUGCACGAGGACUGUGUUUAUUUUAAUACUUGAGAGCAGAUAGACCUCACUGUGUACCAACUCAGUCACGUGAGAGUGAAUGAUGGGCUUGUGCA